CUUGGUUCCUCAGUACCAAACUACACAGUGCACACGCAAGUACCAGCAACCCCUUCUCCACUUAUUGUCCUCUUUCUUUUUUUCUAUUGCGAUGAAUGCAACAUCAUCGACGUCCAUAUUAGCUAACGACGUUUCGAGUAACGGGGUUACACCUCCUACCGGACAGUCAGAAUGCUCAUUCAAUGGUAGUCACCGUGAGCCAACGAAUUUUGUUGUGGCUCAGAAUGGUUUCUCGCAGUGAGUCGGCUGAUUUGAUAUCUAUUCCUUGCGUGCGACUUUCUGACAUUUGGGUCUACCACUCGAACGCGUGGCAAUUGUGAAAUUGCUCAACCUACGCAGACCUCCGUAUCAAAUGCACAAUGAGGAGAUUGUACAUCACCUAUACCAUGCGGGAUUCCAGACUGGCAAUUAUGCCGACACCAUACUGCAUGUGCACCAAAAUAUCUACCGCCUUCAUGCCAUCGUUCUUUCAAAAUCGCCAUUGCUAGCGCAUCUUAUGUCAACCUCACCUCAGUCCGGAGCUCAGCGUGUGAUAUAUGUACAGCUUGAGCAUGAGCCGGAGGUUACCCAAGAAGGCUUUGCCAUAGCGCUAGGAUAUCUAUAUUCAUCGGUUUCGCUAAGUCUCAUCCGGCCCGACAAUGCACGAGGAGUACUCGCAGCUGGUUGUCUUCUUGGAGGCAUGGAUGAGUUGUGCGGUUAUGCUUAUGAUGCAUGCAGACAGUCGAUCAAUGUGGAGACAAUCAAUGAAUGGCUCGAGUUCAUCGAUACGAUUCCUUCAUCGCCAGAUGGAUCUCUCACCCCUGAACUAUCGCUUACGUCUGUCUUUGGUCACUUUGCCCAAAGAUUGAGAGAUGAUGUUUUUCACUUCCUCGUGGUUACACUCCCAAAUGCCCUGGAAAUUAAUGCAUCCGAGUCCGAUCCAUCACAAGGCCACACCGGUCGUGACACACUGUUGCGUGUAUUUUCCCUUGUGCCCUUCGACAUGUUUAAAUCGGCGGUCGAAUCACGCGCGUUUGAAAUUGGAUCUGAUCAAGCCCGUUUUAAAUUUGCGAAGGAUGUUAUAGAGAUGAGGAAGAAGGGAAUCGCACGAGGGCACGGAGCAGAAGAAACGGUUGUUUUAGCAUUCGGCGGAGGGCAUCCUAGUGGAAGCGCUGUUCACGUCACUCGAAAGAUACGAAAGCGGCCCCUAUGGAAGGUCAAUUCAUGA